CGGGGCUUUGAGCCGCGCCUGCGCCGUGGAGGCAGCAAACAUGGCGACCCCUGGGUCUGGCGCCAUCAUGGAGGAGGAGUAUUUCGGGAGCGCGGCCGAGUGGGGCGACGAGGCGGACGGCGGGCAGCAGCAGGAGGAUGAUUAUGGAGAAGGAGAAGAUGAUGCUGAGGUGCAACAGGAAUGUUUACAUAAGUUUUCGACGCGGGACUAUAUCAUGGAACCCUCCAUCUUCAACACUCUCAAGAGGUAUUUUCAAGCUGGAGGGUCCCCGGAGAACGUCAUCCAUCUCCUCUCUGAGAACUACACUGCUGUGGCCCAGACGGUCAACCUGCUGGCCGAGUGGCUUAUUCAGACAGGUGUGGAGCCCGUCCAAGUCCAGGAGACGGUGGAGAAUCACCUGAAGAGUUUGUUGAUCAAACAUUUUGACCCCCGUAAAGCCGACUCCAUUUUCACUGAAGAAGGGGAGACCCCGGCCUGGCUGGAGCAGAUGAUCGCACAUACCACAUGGCGGGAUCUGUUUUACAAACUGGCCGAGGCCCACCCCGACUGCCUGAUGCUCAACUUCACCGUGAAGCUGAUUUCUGACGCGGGCUACCAGGGCGAGAUCACCAGCGUUUCCACAGCCUGCCAGCAGCUGGAGGUGUUUUCUCGGGUGUUGCGUACCUCCCUGGCCACGAUUCUGGACGGCGGGGAAGAAAACCUGGAGAAAACCCUCCCCGAAUUUGCUAAAAUGGUGUGCCACGGGGAGCACACAUACCUGUUUGCCCAGGUCAUGAUGUCCCUGCUGGCCCAGGAGGAGCAGGGCGGCUCUGCUGUGCGCAGGAUCGCCCAGGAAGUCCAGCGCUUCGCCCAGGAGAAAGGCCACGAUGCCAGUCAGAUCACACUGGCUCUGGGCACUGCUGCCUCAUACCCCCGGGCGUGCCAGGCCCUGGGCGCGAUGCUGUCCAAGGGGGCCCUGAAUCCAGCUGACAUCACAGUCCUGUUUAAGAUGUUCACCAGCAUGGACCCACCGCCCGUUGAACUCAUCCGUGUGCCGGCCUUCCUGGACCUGUUCAUGCAGUCGCUCUUCAAACCCGGGGCCAGGAUCAACCAGGACCACAAGCACAAGUACAUCCACAUCCUGGCCUAUGCAGCCAGUGUGGUGGAAAUGUGGAAGAAGAAUAAGCGGAUGAAUAUCAACAAAGAUGAGCUGAAGUCCACCUCGAAGGCCAUUGAGACGGUGCAUAAUCUCUGCUGCAACGAGAACAAAGGUGCCUCGGAGUUGGUGGCAGAGCUGAGCACCCUUUACCAGUGCAUCAGGUUUCCGGUGGUGGCCAUGGGCGUGCUCAAGUGGGUGGACUGGACCGUGUCGGAGCCACGCUACUUCCAGCUGCAGACAGACCACACUCCUGUGCCGCUGGCACUGCUCGAUGAGAUCAGCACCUGCCACCAGCUCCUGCACCCCCAAGUCCUGCAGCUGCUGGUGAAGCUGUUCGAGACGGAGCACUCACAGCUGGAUGUGAUGGAGCAGCUGGAGCUGAAGAAGACGUUGCUGGACAGGAUGGUCCACCUGCUCAGCCGGGGCUACGUCCUCCCCGUGGUCGGCUACAUCCGCAAGUGUCUGGAGAAGCUGGACACGGACAUUUCUCUCAUCCGCUACUUCGUCACCGAGGUCUUGGACGUCAUCGCGCCCCCGUACACCUCCGACUUCGUGCAUCUCUUCCUGCCCAUCCUGGAGAAUGACAGCAUCGCAGGCACCAUCAAGACAGAAGGGGAGCACGACCCCGUGACUGAGUUCAUAGCUCACUGCAAGUCCAGCUUUAUCCUGCUCAGCUGAUCCCAAGCAGCAGAAGGUUCUGGAACCUCUGGGUCCUGUCUGAAGCAGCAGCUGAGGGUCUUGGACGUGGGGAGGUGGUGGGUGAGUCCUUGCCGGCAAAUGACCCCUUU